GGCUCAGUUCCUGUACUCCAAAAUACUAAGCAACAGGGAUCCUACCCAGGACUCCGAGCGAGAAGAAGAUUCUGAUCCCUUCUGGAGCAGGUUGGGCAAUCUAUAACCCACUGUAGUCCCUUAGGAGGCAUGGGCAAUGACAGAGCUCUGGGCACCCCUCUGUAUCCAGAACCUCUCCUUCCUCCCUUGGGGGCAGUAGUGGCGUGUUUGCUUCACAUCGCUGUCUUUGUCAUAGCUGUGCUAUAUAGCUGUGUACAGAAAUUGUUCCUAGACAAAAAUGAUGAGGGCACGGGCAAAAGGCACAGUAUCUCACAGAAAGAUAAAGGUCAGCAUCUUAAAAAUGGUCCUGCUCCAUGUGACCAAAACGGACCACCCAUCCACCCUGAGAGACUGAAGGACUUUGUGGAAGAAGAAUACCUCAAUGGAGACCUGACCACAUGGGAGAAGAAAGUAGCUGGAAACACAGAGGAAGCACUGAAAAGGGACACUGAGCCAGUGCUUCCAAAAGUGAGGAAGUCCAGUGUGCGACCAAAGAACGAAUUCAUGAGAUUUGAGGACAUCAGUGCAGCGGCCUUCAAAAUCCAAAGUGGCGUUCUGAAAACCCCUUGCAUGUAUUCAAGGAUUUCAAAGCAGUAUGGGGUGGAUAUUUAUCUGAAGAAGGAAUAUUUGCAAUACACAGGCUCGGUCAAGGAGAGGGGAGUGUUGUACCUGCUCACAUCCCUUCAGGAGGAUCAGCAAAGAAAAGGCGUCAUUGUAGCUACAGACAGUAAUUUUGCCAUGGCAGUAGCUUUCCAUGCAGCACAACUACAAAUCCCAGUGUUUGUUAUCAUGUCAGCUGGAACAUCUCCAAACCGGGUCAGAAUAUGUCGGGAUUAUGGGGCCAUGGUUAUCCUUUUUGGACCCACAGCGAGAGAUGCCCAGAGCCAUGCCAGGAGACUGGCACAAGAAAAUGGAUACCUGUAUAUUGAAGAAGAAGACAGUGCUGGAUAUCUCGCUGGCUUGGGAACGGUUGGGCUGGAGAUAUAUGAACAAGUGCCCAGUUUGGAUGCAGUCAUUUUUCCAGCAGGUGGACAUUGUGGGUUACUGGCCGGAUCAGCAGCUGCCCUAAAACACCUGAAUCCAAAAAUCACAGUCAUUGGUGUGGAAAGUGAGAAGUUCCCUAUAGUACAACAGGCAUUAAAAGCUGGACGCAGCUUGACUGAGCAUGACUAUCUUACUCAUCCUUUGUAUGGAGAACUUGGUGGACCUUGUUUUGGUGUCAAUACAAUCAAAUUAACCAAGAAGCUUAUAGACCACAUUAUCUCAGUAAGUGAGGAAGAUGUACUGCUAUCAAUGCUGAGGUUACUAGAAUGCGAGAGGGCUACAGUGGAUGCAGAAGGUGCCAUGGGACUUGCAGCUCUAAUAUCUGGAGCCUUACCAGACCUGAAAGGGAAAAGAGUGGCGGUGGUUGUGUGCAGUGGGAACCUGCCGUUGCCUUUGCUACGUCACUGUCUGGACAGAGCGCUGGUUCUUGAUAAUAGAGUCUGCAAAUUCUCAGUCGUGCUGCCAGAUUUUCCAGGGGAGAUAACCAAGCUCUUGGAAGCCAUUGGUCGAGAAGAUGUCAGGGUGCUGGAUAUGCAAAAGGAAAAUAUUUUCCUGAACAAUGACCUGUUUACUCUAGAGGUAACAUGCCUGGUGGAGACCAGGGAUAAGAACCACUCUUCACAUUUGAGGACUGCUCUAGCAGACAGAUACGCCACCUUAAAAUGGAUAGACCAAUAGGAAGAGAGGAUUGGUCAUGCAGAAGAGAUGUAUGUUCUCACUUUUACUAGGUCUUAUGAUGAAGCCUGCCCAUAGACGGACGCAGUUCUCUUCUAUAAUGAUGGAAAACGAUCACUCAUUACUUUGCAACUUGUCUGACAAGAAAAAGCAGGAAAACAAAGCAGCCCCCUCCUGCCCUCUUCUCAGGUGGAAUAGCAUUGGAUUGACCAGGUUGCUCCUCCUUAGACCCCCAUCAACAAUUCUAUACAACAUUGGCACGUGGACCUGUACACCUGGGAAGCGAAGGUGGACAAUGUAGCCUUUUCAAAUGAAUGCCAUGAGGAUAGCUGCACAGAUCUUCACAUGCAUCCCUGCUUGUACAUCUAUGCAGGACCAAUGUACAGUUUAGAAUUUAGAUGGACGGAAUUUGGAGCCAUGCAUCGGUCCGGCACACAUGUACUCUCCAGCCUCGUACACACGGCCAGUUUUCCCGGCAGGAAAACUGCCAGGAGAGCUUUUGGCCGGGAAAACCGGACAUGUGUAUGCUUCCGCGCAUGUUUUCCCAUCAGGAAAACAGCCGGGAAUCCCAUCGGGAAAAUAGAGAACCUGCUCUC